CCCACCUUUCCUCAAAACUACGUAAUUGUUCUUUCUCUUUCUUGCAGUAUGCCACUUACUUUAAAUCUUUAAAUCUUUAAAUCAUCUGCUGCCAUUCUAUUCCAAAACCAAUGCUCUAUUCCGAUCCGCGAAAUCUCUCCCGCAUGCCAUGUCCCCGAGGGGUGUGUUUCUCCACAACCUCCGGAUUGGAUCCCUCGGCCGCGCCGGCCAGCUCGAUGCCGCCCGCCAACUGUUCGACGGAAUGCCCACCCGCGACACCGUUUCCUGGAACGCCAUCCUCACCGCUCACUGGCAGAACUCAGACCUCGAGGGGUCGAAGUGGCUCUUCGACUCCAUGCCCCAGAGGAACACCGUGUCUUGGAACUCCAUCAUCGCCGGUUGCCUCGAGAACGCGAGGCCCGAUGAGGCGCUCGACUACUUCGCAAAGAUGCCCCUCAGGAAUGUCGCUUCGUGGAAUGCCAUCGUCUCUGGGCUCGUAAAGUAUGGCCGGUUCGAAGAAGCCGAGAUGUUGUUCGAGGCGAUGCCGGCGAGGAAUGUGAUCUCAUACACCGCGAUGGUCGUUGGUCUCGCGCGGAAAGGGGAGGUUGACAGGGCCCGUGAUCUGUUCGAUAGAAUGCCGAAGAAGAACGCGGUCUCAUGGGCUGCCAUGAUAAGUGGGUGCGUGGAGAAUGGGAGGUACGAGGAGGCCAGGUAUUUGUUUGACCGGAUGCCAGAGAAAAACCUGGCUGCCAUCACAGCGAUGAUCACAGGGUACUGCAAGGAGGGGAAUGUCGAGCAGGCGAGGAGAAUAUUUAAUGGGAUUAGGCACAAGGAUCUAAUCUGUUGGAAUGCGAUGAUGGCCGGCUAUGUGCACAACAGGCAUGGUGAGGAAGCGCUGAAACUGUAUAUCCAAAUGCAAAAUACAGGCAUGAAACCGGACCAUGCUACGCUUAUUGCGGUCGUGACAGCAUGUUCUGCUCUGGGAUUGCUACAAGGAGGGAAGCGAACUCAUGCUUUUGCCAUUAAAACUAAAUUGCUCUUGAAUGUAUCACUAUGUAAUGCUUUGAUAACUAUGUACAGCAAGUGUGGUUGCAUUGGUGAUUCACAGUUCGUCUUUCAGAACAUUCAGAAUAGAGAUAUGGUCUCCUGGAACGCAAUUAUUGCAGCAUGUUCGCAGCAUGGUGGCUAUGAUAAUGUUCUUUCUCUAUUCAGUGAGAUGGAAGAAAAGGGCAUGAUACCAAAUGAGAUCACAUUCCUCAGUAUCUUGUCUGCAUGUGGGCAUGUGGCAAAAGUUGAGGAGUGCUUAAAUUGGUUCAAUCUGAUGAUGUCCAAGUACAGGAUACAUCCAAGGGCAGAACAUUAUGCAUGCCUUGUGGAUAUGCUGUGUCGAGCAGGACAUUUAGAGAAAGCAUGUAAGUAUAUUAGAGAAAUGCCGUAUGAAGCAGAGACUUCUGCCUGGGGUGCUGUGCUGGCAGCCUGCCGAAUGAACUCCCAUGUUAAGUUAGGAGAAUUGGUUGCUAAGAAGCUAAUUCUGUCGGAUUCUAGGACGUCGGGGGCGUAUGUGAUGCUAUCAAAUAUUUAUGCUGCAGCUGGUAUGUGGAGGGAAGUAGUUAAAGUGAGAGGCUUAAUGAAACAGAAUGGAGCCAAGAAACAACCCGGAUACAGUUGGAUUCAGAUUGCUGACAAGGUUCAUUUGUUUUCGGUAGGAGAUGCAUCACAUCCGGAUAUUGAUAAAAUUCUUUCUGAGCUUGAGAGGAUAGGUUUUCAUAUGAAAAUGUUUCGUCAUUAUGCUAACUUGUCCUUGUAGUAGAGGCACAUCUUUCAAAUACUAGCUUGUAUGCAGAUGAGAUAUUUAUACUUCUGCUAACAAGAAGCAAUAGAUUGUAACUAAUUUAAAUGUAACAUAUGCAUAUGUAAGAAAUAGCAAGUAAACUUUAGGUCAAAUUGUUAUAUCUUUUCCAGUUCAAGGGGUGUGAUUAAAUGUUGAGCUGCA